AUGUUGGAGGAGAUAGCGGCGCGAUAUGCGCCGCAGGACAUGCUCCGCUCCGGGGGCGGGCGCGUCGAUGGAGCCGAGCGCUCGAGGCGGUUCUCGCUCCUCCACCUCGACGAGGGCGAGGACUACGUCGGGGAUUGGCAGGCGUCCAUGCGUGCUCCGGAGGGCUCGCUCGAUCCCUACCCGGGCGCCGUCGCCGCGGCAGACAGCAACGGCAAACUGCGAGGUCGCAUCCGGCUGCUGAGCAGUUCCGUCCUGUUCGACCCGGACAACAUCGUCGUCCCCAUGCUCAAGUUCCCGCUCGGAUCCGUCCGAAGGCUCGAGGCUCUGGGCGGGAGCGCCGAUGCCUUCGAGCUCGUCUGCGCGCGGACGGUCGCGAUACGACCGGGGGGACGAGACGUAGACUACACGGUCGAUCCUGACGCCCUUAAACUCGGCGCGUGGCGCUUCGAUCUCUCGCACCAGCCCGCGGGAAAGGUGCUGGAGCCCCUCGGGCAACUCAUCGCCAUCCAUCAGAUCGAGUCGACGCCCGAGCGGCGGAGCGCGCUCGAGACCUUGCGAGUCGCGCGCGAGGACUCCGCGGUGUUCAACCGCCGGAACCUGACGGACCCAGAGACGGAGUCCGUGUGCUUCGAGGCGCCGGCGGCGGCGAUAUGCCCGCUGGUCAGGGAACCCGGGAGACUGGCGUUGACGGACCGGCGAAUCUACUUCCAACCCAUCAACGACGUGACCGGGGGAUGCGCGGCGCGCAGCCACAGCCUCGCGGGGAUCGGGGCGGUGCUCAGGCGACGGUGCGCCCUGCGACAGACGGGACUCGAGGUGUUCUUCAAGGCUCGCGGGGACGCGGGUGACGCCGACGACGGGACGUUUCUUGGGCCGUCGGUGCUCCUGGAGCUGAGGUCGGAGUCCGAGCGGGAGGCAUGCGUUCAGGCGAUGUUGGGAGCGCUCGCCGCCACGGCGCUGCGUCGCGGCGACGGCGACGAUAAGGCCAUCACGGGCGGCGCCGUCGCGGGGUCUGCGCUGCUGGAGGGCAAGAUCGGCUGGCUCGAGGCGACCACCGCCGCUUGGCGCCGCGGGGCGGUGUCAAAUUUGGACUACCUCCUUUACCUCAACGCGGCCGCCGGGCGAGGCUUCAACGAUCUCACCCAGUGGCCCGUGAUGCCCUGGGUCCUCCGCGACUACCGCUCGGAGACGCUGAACCUCGACGACCCCGCGGUGUACAGGGACCUCGCGCGGCCGGUGGGCGCCCUCGACGAAGAGCGGCUCGCCACGCUGCGGGAGCGAAUGCGGCAGAUGAAGCUCGCGAAGAUGCCGCCGUAUCUCUACGGCACUCAUUACUCCGCCCCCGGGUACGUACUGUACUGGCUCAUACGCGCGGCUCCCGCGCACCACCUCAGGCUACAGAGCGGGCGGUACGACGCGCCCGAUCGCCAGUUUCACUCCAUCGCGGAGUCGUGGGAGAGCGUGCUGACGUCGUCCGCCGACGUCAAGGAGCUCACUCCGGAGUUUUUCACCCCACCGGCGGACUUUUUGGUCAACGUCCGGGACCUGCCGCUCGGUCGCAGGACACGGGACGGCGCGGAGCUCGGGGACGUGGUCCUUCCGACGUGGGCGAACGGCGACCCGACCACCUUUCUCCGAACGCACCGCGCGGCGCUCGAGUCCGAGCACGUGUCGCGGCGUAUCCACGAAUGGAUCGACCUCGUCUUCGGGUACAAGCAGAACGGCCACGAGGCGGAACGCGCGGAUAACGUCUUCCACCCGCUCACGUACGAGGACGCGCUGCUCGAGCUGGACGCCGAGGCGGACCCGGUGAGACGCGCCAGUUUGGAGGCGCAGAUGAACGAGUUUGGCCGCGCGCCGAGGCGGCUGUUCGCCAAGGCGCACCCGCGGCGCGACGCAAACGCUCACGAAAAAUAUAACCAAACGCUCCUGGACGUUUCGGACGUUUCGGACGAUACCCCAGCCCCGGAGCGGACGAUGGCGCUCGUCGGGACGCUCCUGGCGCUGUUGGAACCCACGGUCGAGUCCACGCUGGAGGCGCUGUGCCUCGGCGGCGGCGAAGGAGGCGGCGCGGGCCUGGAUGAUUUGGACGAGUUUGAGCAGUUUGGCGCCGACGAGGCGACGGAGCUCGACGUCGACAAACUCAACGCCGACGACGCCUCGGUAAAAUUACCGACGACGACGGAGAAGGCCGCCGCCGACGACGACGAGGUGGACGUCGGAGACUUUGCGGAGGAAAACUCGCGCGCGGAAACGCCGACAAACUCCGGGGGUCUGAAACAGCUGUGGCUGUCCAAGUGUCACGGCAUCAGCGUCGGCGCUGUUCGGUUCACAGGAGGCGGUGCCGAGCCAGCGAUCGCGUCCGUGGGCAGGGAUUCGGUGCUCAGGGUGCACUCGCUCCAGCUCGGCGAUCAGCUGCACGCGUCCACCGUCGGUUCGCUGGGAAAGAUGUCCCUCUCCGGGCUCGCCGUGACGGCCGAAUUCGCGUCGACGCCCGGGUCAAAAUUCCCGGCGACUCUGGUCGGUUCUAGGGACGGGGGAGUCUACGCCUACGACGUCGACGGCGGCGUGACCGUGCGCCGCACCGACGCGCACGACGCACGAGACGGCGUCGGUGCGAUGUGCGCCCCGCGACGAGAACCCGGUAAGAUUUUCACCGCGUCCUCUGCCGGUCGAAUUCGGCUCUGGGACGUCGCGUCGUUCACGGGGUUAGGGAACCGCGCACUAACCGGGCCGAGCGCGGGCGCGUUCAUCGCCGAGCUGGGCGAGCUCGAGUCGGAAGACUGCGAGUGGAUCUCGGCGUGCUGCGACGAUGGCGGGAGCCUGGCCCUCGUCGGCGCGGACGAGGGCCUCGUCGCGGCUUGGGAUCCCCGGCGCAAGCGCGCGUCGUGGAUAGCGGAGGCGUGCCCUUCGGGCCGCGAGGUGACGGGCCUCGCGCUCAUGCCCGACGGUUUUCGCGUCGCCGUCGCCUGCGGGGACGGCUUCGCGAGGAUCCUGGAGCUGAGGAAGUGCGGCGAGGUGUCAGACGAUCGCGAUCUCGGCGUCGGGUCGCUGACGUGCGUCCUGGCCAACGGGAAAAGGGGGCUGCUGUGCGGCGGGAGGACCGGGUCGUUGGCGGCGUGGGACCCGGACCUGGCGGCGCCCGCGGCGGUGCGAAAGCCGUUCCGGGUUCGCGGGGUGGAGGUACCGUCGCGUGGGGUCGGGGUCUCGUGCGCUGCGGCGGCGCCAGGCGGGGGCGUGCUCGCGGUCGGAUGGGACGACGGCUCCGUCGGCGUGUACGCCGAGAAUCGAUGAGCGGAGAGUUUGGAGUCGACGCGGCGAUGAUAGACUACGCAACUACUAACUACUAGUGUUUCGAUUUCGUAGA